AUGGAAGAAUUCAUAAGACGUCUGGAAGAAAUAUUAGAAGAGUCCGUUCAAGGGGUUACGGCAAAGGAGGUAUGUAUAACAAGCGCUUGUGCUUCGCCAUCAGGUACCACACGUGACCCUGUGUUUGAAAGUCUGUACUGGCUUAUAUGGGAGCUUCCCCAAGGGGAACCGUUUUUCAGGCUUCAAUUAUAUGAAAGGUUAGGAAUUUCACGAGUGGAAGUAUAUGAAGGGGUGGGAAAAAUCUUUCGACGUGUAGGUAUUUAAAAGAGCUUUUUUAAAAAUACGAACAGAACCACCUCAUGGCUGGGUGAUGUUUACAGUAUAAGUAAACCUUUAUAGUAAACCGCAACGGAACACAACUGGAGAAAGUCGUUCAUUCACCUGUUGGCUGAGAGAGUUUGGUUCUUUAAAUCCCAAUCCUCUCUCCUAAAAUAAUCUAUAUUCCCCUCUAAGUGGGUUCCAGUCCUAUUGUCAACGUAUUCACUUCUGCUGUGCUCCUAAAACAUGUUCACACUAUACCAAAGAGUGGCAGAGAACGUUUUUGAGACGUGACAUUCCAUUUUCAAGAUCAGCGCGGCACAGCCUCGCUCCGUUACAUAAAUCGAGCCCAACCCAUCGUUCUUAAUAAUAAUAAUAAUACAAUAUUUAUAAAGCGCUAAUUACCAAUGGUCCAAAAGCGCUUUACAUAAUAAAAAUUAGAUUACAUAGAGAGAUACCCCUAUCAAAAACUAAAUUAAAAUCCUGUAAAACUACAUCAUCGUUCUAUAAAACAUGAUCAUUCUAUAAGCCUACACCAUAAGAAACUUUAAAAACUCAAGCCUUAAGCUUAGAUUUAAAAGAAAAAAGGGAAUUACAAAAUCUAAGCUCGAAUGGAAGUGCUUUCCAAACAGACGGUGUAGCAAAAGUAAACGACUGGCCACCAUAAGUCUUAAGAUAAAAUUUAGGUGUAGAAAUUAACAAUUGAUUAGGGGAUGUAAGACUCUACCAUGUCUAUAAGGCUUGACAAGAUCAGUGAUAGUUAGGUGCAGCACCAUGAAGAGCCUUAAAUGUAAUCACCGUAAUUUUGAAAGAUAUCUCAUGUUCAAUAGGUAACCAACCAGAAUAAGCAACGGCGUAAUAUGUUCAUGUCUACUAGUAGGGUAAAUAAGCCUAGCAGUACUAUUUAGGACACACUGCAAACGUCUUAAGAUACAUUUUGCUUGACCGUAGAGUAACGACUUACAAUAAUCGAUCCAUGCAGUAAUAAAGGCAUGAAUUAGAGUUUUGCAUGUAUCGUGAGACUUGCAUACAGUAGUAACAUGCGGAACCAUCGAUAGAGAGUUAUUGAAAAUAACCCUAAUAUUUUUACAAAUAUUGGAAAAGUCAACUGAAUGUCAUAAGCAAUUACCAGGUUAUUUAACACAAGACGUGGGAGAUAGGAGGAUGAAAAUACUAUAAUUUGAGUCCUCCCACUGUUCAGUUUCAGUUUAUUUUCUAACAUUCAAAGGUCAAUAUCUUUAAUGCAGUCUUCAAUAGCAGAUUUACAUGUUGACAUAUCCUCAGGCGAUGACGUUUCAAAAGAUACUUAAAAAUGUGUAUCAUCAGCAUAAAAGUGAUAAGACAUAUUAUGAGAUCUUGCUGUAUCACCUAAGGGAAAGGUGGACAAUGAAUACGUUACCCGUUUACUAUUCUUUUUUUUAAUUUACAAUUUGUUUUCAGGCGGAAACAUUUAUAAGGAGCAAUGUUAAUUCCAAGAAAGUGGGGGAGGCAGUAGCGGUGAGGGGAGAGGUUUUGGGUCAAAGAACGACCAGCACAAAUGUCUCAUAUAUCAGGGAACGCUUAGAGACGUAUGGAAUUGGUUGGUAACCUAAAUAACGUGUAAUAUCUAGUAGAUUUAUGCAAUACACUACACGACAGAUACACAAAUUAAUAAUUCAAUAAUGAUAUUAAUGAUGAUGACGGAUGUUAAAAAUGAUGAUGAUAGGGAUGAUGGUGAUGGCAAUGACACCUUUAUAAAACGGUAUUUUCCGAGUCAAGAGUUUAAAUUGCCGAUAAAUAUCAAUUCAGUCCGGUGUCCCCUUAAUAGAGGUUUAUAACAAUAUAAAUUAACCAAAUACAACUUAUUUUGGUGUCCGCGUCCGCUUAAUAGAGGUAUCCGCUGAAUAGGGGGGUUUGUUAUAAAGGGAAAUAUCAGAUGUUCGUUUCGGGACCCAGCUUAGUGUCCGCUUAAUUGGGGGUCCGCUUAAUAGAGGUUUCACUGUAUCAGUUGAUGGUGAGUAAGAUUACUAUCCCUCAGAACAAUUCUUGCAGCCCUCGUAAUAAAAGCAAAAGGCAAAUUGCGUUGAUAAAUAUAAGAAAAUGUAUAUGCAUUUCUGGAAAGAAAAAAGAACUUUAUUUGACGUUUCUUAUAUUCCAACAUACAUAUUUAGAAGUAAUAAACCUUUGAAUGACGACAGGAACUUAAAUUUAAAAUAGGUAACGAAUUAAAGGAAGAAAAUGUCACAAAUGGUUGGAAAAUGCAUAUAAGAGAAAGAGCAUGCACACAAAAGAUAAUGUUUUUCACUGCUCAGCAUAGUAUGCUUUAUCCUGCAUUGGGUGUCCGAAAUGGUCCCAUUUCAUGUUAUGACCAGUUGACGUGACACGGUCGGCACCAGCAGAUAGGUGAUUGCUACACGAAAUGGAUAUGUAGUGCUCUGUUUUCCUUACUGGUACCUUUUAAACUUGAUUAAAAGUAAUACUUGUAGUAAUGGUUAAUUCUUCCUUUUUUUCGUUUUUGCAGGUAUUAAAAAGGCACAACAAAAAUUUUUGUGCCCCGAAUUGGACAAAAGAGUGAAUAAAAGUUGUUUUUUAGUGGCAAGGAAAGUCCUGAGGCAAACAACGCUGGAAAAAAUCGAUGAA